AUGGUGAUAUUUGACUAUAUCGCCAUCGGUCUUUGGGAAUAUUUUAAUGAACCCAAUUACGUCUUCGAUCCCCACCGUUUCACGCCCUUCCGACUUGUCAAACGCGAAGAGGUCUCGGAGACGGCUGUGGUCCUUACUCUACGUCCGGAAAAGUUACCGAACCCGGCGCAUGAUAAUCGGGGGAUUUAUAGGAGGGCGUGGGCGAAUGGGACGUGGAGCGUGGAGUUUAAACAGCCGCAGCUUAUGAUUGCCCGGGAGUAUACACCUCUCCCCCCUCUACCUGACGUGAAGAAGGGGGAGGAAGCAGAUUUGAGGUUCCUGAUUAGGAAGGAGAAAGGCGGGGAGAUGAGUGGGUAUCUGUUCGGGUUGUCUCAGGGGGAUGUUCUGGGGUUGAGGGGCCCGAACGUAGAGUACGGGUUUGAGGGCAUGGAACAUGUGAGCGAGGUGGUGUUUGUAGCCGGGGGGACGGGGAUUGCAUCGGCGUUGCAGGCUGCGCAUGUUCUUCUUGAGGGGACUUUGGACGCUGAUUUUAAAGUCAAACCUGGUGAAGUAGUCGGGGCGGUAAAGUCGCAUAUGAAGUUAAGAGAAAAAGAGAAAGAGAUGAAACAGAAAGAAGAAGAGAGAAAACAGGAAGGGGAAGAGAAAUACACACCACACCCACACGUCAAAAUCCUCUGGGCCAACCGAAGAUCCGAAGACCGUCAUCAAUCUGGACCUGUAUCGGAUAUCAUCGCAAGUCUGAAAGCUAGACAUGGGGAACACUUUUACAUCGAGUAUCUAGUGGAUGAGGAGAAGACUUUUGUCAACGAGAGCGUGAUUCAAAGAGCCCUUGGUUCCCCGCAUGAGAUAGUUCGUGUUAUGAAGGACAGUAAGGGAUGGGUUGGUAUGAAAAGCCUCUUUGGGCACUCCAAGACCGUCCCCCUGGCUGUGGAGAAAGACUCUUUGCUUAUGGUUUCCGGCCCAAAGGGGUUCGUGGAGUAUGUGGCGGGUGCGAAGAAGUGGGAGAAUGGGAAGGAGGGCCAGGGCGAGGUUGGGGGAUUGCUUGCCAGGAUGGGGGUUGCGAAGAGGGGAUGGGCGGUUUGGAAACUUUAG